UGGUGCAGCUGAUGAAUGUUUUCCUCCCUCUGCCCUGAUCCCCAGGGGCAAUGGAAGAACAAGGAGCGAGUUUUGAUCUUCUCCUCUCGAGGAAUUAGCUACCGAGCGCGCCACCUGAUGCAGGAUCUACGCACACUAAUGCCUCACUCAAAACCAGACACCAAAAUGGAUCGAAAGGACAAGCUGUUUGUGAUUAAUGAGAUCUGUGAAAUGAAGAACUGUAAUAAAUGCUUAUACUUUGAAGCAAAGAAGAAGCAGGACCUGUAUAUGUGGAUCACGAAUGUUCCUCAUGGGCCAUCUGCCAAGUUUCUCGUCCAAAACAUUCACACCCUGGAUGAGCUGAAGUUGACUGGGAACUGUCUGAAAGGUUCAAGACCAUUACUGUCCUUUGAUCCGAUAUUUGAUAAGGAAGCUCAUCAUAGACUCUUGAAAGAACUCUUCAUCCAGGUCUUUUCAACGCCUCGCUACCACCCAAAGAGCCAGCCUUUUGUUGAUCAUAUCUUCACAUUCACCAUCUCUGAUAACAGGAUCUGGUUCAGGAAUUACCAGAUUAUUGAAGAAGAUGGAGCUCUGGUUGAAAUUGGACCACGUUUUGUUCUAAACCUCAUUAAGAUAUUCCAGGGAAGUUUUGGAGGCCCAACACUCUAUGAAAAUCCCAAUUACCAGUCUCCGAACAUGCACCGGCGGAUGUUGAGACUGGCCACAGCGGCCAAGUUUGUGGAGAAGUCUCGGACUAAGGAAUGGCAACGGCUGCAACGCACUGAGGAGCGGAUGGUCCUGCCUGAGGACCCCACCCAAGCCGUCUUCGACACACCGACUGAGAGGAAAAAAACAGUCAUCCAACAUCACCCCCCCCCAGAACCACCGCCGGACCCCAAGAGGAAAAAGCUGCUUUCCAAACGGCAGAGAAUCCAGCUGCGGCGAAAGGCUGGCCGUGUGCCCGGGUCAGGGUGAGUCCCACACCCUGUGAGAGAGCUGGCCGCCAGGGCAGCUGUGGGCAGUGUGUGAACACCAGUGUGACCAGCUCCCCACUGUCCUCCUGACCCCUCCCCGAUCCGCUGGGCUCCGGGGGGGACACCGUUCGCAUGAGUCAGUUUUUCACAGUUGUUUGUUGACACAUUUUGUUUUUGCAAUAAAAUAGUUUCCUGGCUGAUAA